CUUCAAUCCAAUCACUGCUUUAAAGGCAAUCAAUUCUUAUUUUUCCUUUGGGUUCCCAACAAGAAUUACUGUUUACUGGUAGUACUAUUUUCAUUGAAUAUUUCACUAUAGUUAAUUUACAAAUAAUCGCACAAGUUGUCCAUCUUUUAAAUUUAUCCCCCGAUACUAUCUACAUUAUUUUGAUAAAAGAAAAAAUAGGGUUUUAGAGUUAUUUUAAAUAUCUAUUAUGUGAACUAAAAUAUAAUUCGAUAAAGUGAAUUAGGAAGUGAUAUUAUUUUCUGAUGAUCUAAUCAUCUAAUUACAGGAAAGAUGUUUGCAGUAUAACUUUAUUUAUUUAUUUUUUUAAUAAAGAUAGUAUUUUUAUGUGUGUAGUUCAGACAUUUCUUACAGUGCCCACAUCUACAUCUGUGAACGUUUAUAGGCUUUUGGCAUUACGUUUUGGCGUUUUUGUGUGUUUGUAUCUUUCCGUGUAUAAAACAUCUCCCACCAUUGGAAUAAGAAAACAAGUUCAGAUUGGGAUGUAUAUAGCAGAAGAAAGAACAAUGAUUGUGGUGCUUAAGAACUUUGUGACGAGAAGGAAGGAAGGGAAGGAAGCUUAAGUAAGGAUAAACCAACAUAAAGCCCACUUGGGAAUUUUGUGGGGAUUAGUUCCUAGCACAUGAAAAUCACACCCCCAACAUUCCCAGAUCUCAAGGACUUCCUGAAAUUCCUGGUUUAUUUCUCGAGGAAAUUCCCUUUAUUUUUUUUUCUCACACUCCAAAUGCUGCUCGUUUAGUUCAUCAUCCUGAAGGAUUAAGUGCAUAAUUGUGCAAAGGCUGCAACUUUAGUACAGCCCACCUCCAGUUUCUGGAGUUUUUGUUGUUUUUCCGGAAGAGCAUUUUUGAGGUGCUUCUUGAGAUAAAGCGAAAGGAGAAUUUUGUGUUGAAUUGAGUUUCUCUUGCUGCUGACUGCUUUUCUGAUGGUAGUUUUUUCAAAUCGGUCAAUGUUGAGUUGGUAAAUUUUUGAAGAAAAAUGGGUGCUGCAAUAGUGGUUGGAUGUUAUUUUUUGUUUCAGCAAUUAUUGAAUUUGAUGAGAAAGUGAACUUGAGGAGGUCAGACUAGUGUUACUCUUCUGAAAAUGGGAAACAAUUGGUAUUUGUCUCUGUUGGGGCAAGCGGUAUUGAUGGUGGCCACAUUAAUUCCUAGUUCUUUUGCUAGUCUUUCUCCCACUGGCAUAAACUACGAAGUUGUAGCUUUGGUGGCCAUAAAAAAUAGUCUGAAAGACCCUUAUAAUGUGAUGGAAAAUUGGGAUGUGAAUGCUGUUGAUCCCUGUAGUUGGAGGAUGGUUACUUGCUCUGUAGAUGGUUCUGUCUCUUCAGUAGGACUACCCAGUCAGAAUUUAUAUGGCACAUUGUCACCUGCAAUAGGAAACCUCUCCAAGCUAGAAUCCGUGUUAUUGCAGAACAAUGCCAUUUAUGGUCCUAUCCCGGCUUCAGUUGGGAGGCUAAUCAAGCUUCAGACACUUGAUCUAUCCAACAAUAGGUUUGAAGGAGAAAUACCAAGCUCUUUGGGUGACCUCGAAAUGUUAAAUUACUUGCGGUUGAACAACAAUAGCCUUUCUGGAUCGGUUCCUGAUACUUUGUCCAAUAUUGAAGGCCUUAACCUCGUGGACCUUUCCUUCAAUAACCUUAGUGGCUCGUUGCCUAAAGUAUCAGCUCGAACAUUUAAGAUCGUUGGAAAUCCAUUAAUCUGUGGACAAAGCUCACAUAACAAUUGUUCAGUCUACCCAGAACCAUUGCCCUUCCCCCCAAGUGGUGUUGCAGGUUCCGCUGGAGCAAACCGUCACCAUCUGGCAGUUGCAGUAGGUGCAAGCUCUGGUGCUGUUUUCUUGAUCAUAGUCAUUGCUUUACUUGUUUGGCGGCGAUAUCGUCACAACCAGCAGAUUUUCUUUGAUGUGAAUGAUCAAUAUGAUCCAGAAGUUUGUUUAGGUCAUUUACGAAAGUAUACCUUCAAAGAACUUCGGGCUGCCACUGACCAUUUCUCCUCUAAGAAUAUACUUGGACGUGGAGGAUUUGGGAUUGUGUACAAAGGAAGGCUAAAUGAUGGCACUGUGGUUGCUGUCAAAAGAUUGAAGGACUAUAAUGCUCUUGGGGGUGAAGUACAGUUCCAAACUGAAGUAGAGACGAUUAGUUUGGCCGUUCACCGGAAUCUUCUCCGUCUUUGGGGGUUCUGCUCAACUGAAAAUGAACGUCUUCUAGUGUAUCCAUAUAUGCCAAACGGGAGUGUCGCAGCUAGAUUAAAAGAUGACAUCCAUGGGAAGCCGGUUUUAGACUGGUUAAGACGGAAAAAGAUUGCUUUAGGCACAGCAAGGGGUUUAGUGUAUUUGCAUGAACAGUGUGAUCCAAAAAUUAUUCAUAGAGACGUCAAAGCCGCCAACAUUUUGUUGGAUGAAGACUUCGAGGCAGUUGUUGGAGAUUUUGGGCUUGCAAAGCUGUUGGAUCACCGGGAAUCUCAUGUGACUACAGCAGUCCGUGGCACUGUUGGUCACAUUGCUCCUGAGUAUUUGUCCACCGGUCAAUCAUCAGAAAAGACUGAUGUUUUUGGUUUUGGGAUCUUGCUUUUGGAGUUAAUUACUGGCCAGAAGGCUUUGGAUUUUGGGCGGGGAGCUAAGCAGAAAGGCAUCAUGCUUGACUGGGUAAAUGCUUUCUCUUUUAGUUUCUUCCAUAUUUGCUUGUACAUAAAAAUAUAUACGCUCAGAAAAGAGAGUAAAGUCAAGUUGUCGAGUCAGAUGCCCCUGAUGCCUAAAUAAUAUGUAAAUCAAGACCAUUUUGAGCCUAUCUCUCAGUCUUCAGUCAAUAAAAUGAGAACAGGUUCUGGGGAUGCUGUAAGUUUGGAAGCAAUAAGCUUCCACUCCACUUUCUCGUUUGAAGUGGCUGUCUGACCUUUAUUUAUUUGAAAAUUCAAGAAUUGUUCAUGGGUGUACUUCUUUAGUCAUGUUGUUUCUGCCAUUAAUGGAAUGCUUUCAUCCUGGGAUCUGUGUUCCAGGUCAAGAAGCUCCAUCAGGAUGGGAAACUGGAGCAAAUGGUUGAUAAGGAUCUAAAGAACAUAUACGACAAAGUUGAGUUGGAAGAAAUGGUUCAAGUUGCACUCAUAUGUACUCAGUUCAAUCCUUCUCACCGUCCCAAAAUGUCCGAAGUGUUAAGGCUGUUAGAAGGCGAUGGCCUGGCUGAAAAGUGGGAAGCAUCCCAAUCACAUACAUCCGAAACUCCCAGAUUCAGAACAUUUGAACAUAUACCUCAAAGAUAUUCGGACUACAUUGAAGAAUCAUCAUUAGUGGUUGAAGCAAUGGAGCUUUCUGGUCCCAGAUGACAUCUGUCGUCAUCGUUCUUCCUCGGGUUACACGUUCUUUUCCUUGGUUUAGCUUGGGAUUCAGAUGAUAAAUAUUAAGCAUAGGGUGGUGUUGAUAGCUGUUGGAUGCAUAUAAAUAUGUUGGUUAUAUAUUCUUCUGUAAAAAGAAGUGAGAGUCCUGUAUAAAAUCACUGAGUAGUUUUGCAUUAUGAUUAUUAGAUACCAGUUGGGUUUGUAGAUCAUUUGUCCCAAAAUUUUGAGUUUGCUGUAAUUAUUUAACAACCAACGCGAUCUGAAAUUUUGGGUUUGUAGAUCAUACCCUGAACAAGAUCCGAAAUUUGGGCUUAUAAUGGGAUGAUUGGGUUUCUGUCACAGAGGUCAGUAGAUUCUGAGCUUCUGACCUCUUGAAACCCAAAUGCAUAACUGAAGAACAAAAGCUACUAUAAUUGUGCCGAUGACAAUCAGGUUUCAUUGACUGAUCCAAGUGUAGCCCAAUAUCAAAAUUGAAAACCAAAUUUUGCUAACAAAUGCGCUUGCCUGCUUGGGUGUCAGUGGAUUCCUCAGUCCAUUAGCUGUGAGAAGCUUUAGGAUUCUUCGCAUUUUGUUACUUGAGGU